ACACACACACUCACACACCUAUACUCCCGCACAUGUAAUAAUACGCACGCGCGUGCCAACACGCUUUUUCCUAUUUUUCCGGUCCUUUUUAUUCCACAUCUACUGUCGCUGCUCCGCGGCGGCGUCUCUUUAUCGGCCGCUCGGGCGCGCGCGGUCUCUCUCGUACUCUCUCGUACCAAAUUAGUCUCGCUCUCUCACUCUGCAUCGUCCGCAAAGCGCACGGCGCGCGCGUCGCACUCUGCACCACGUAUAGGUACGUUGUGUACGUGUGUAUACGCGAGCCCGGCUCCGCGGACAUAUCCCGGCUAAACUCGUCCGCCGCACUGUUAAACAGGUAUAUUUAUAUUGAUGUUGUUGUUGUUAUACGCAUUUGACAAGCCGAAAAAUAGCAGCGUAGAUUUACCGCGUGUCGCGUUUUAGUGAUAUCGCGAACGUUUUCCUUCGACCGACUAACCCGGCCGACUACGACCCUCGGGAACGUCGGAAGUGGAAAAGGCGGCGGUCGGGCCAACCUCCCCCCCCCUCCACACAAAACUUGUACACGCAACUACGACGACCGCGACGACGACCGCGGCGAAGACGUUACCGUAUAUGGUACUCUGGCGACGGCCGUGCCAGAUCGGUGGUUGGCCCGCGGGACGACCGCGACGACGCGCCGACAGCACCACAAUCACCGUCCGUACCUGCCACGAUGACGUGUGGUGGCCGGCGGUUAUCACCGUCGUAUUACCGACACCACCGACGCCGGUGCCGGCACACCGGCGACCCUCAGCACAAUCGCCGUGGUCUGAACCACCAACACGAUCACCGCAACCAUCACCACUAUCACCACAACUACUACCGUCACCACCACCACCGUCAUCAUCACCACCAUCACCAUCAUCAUCACCGCCRACACGACCGCCACGGGCGCGACCCAUCCCGGCUGCGGGCCGCCGUGGCCACCGAUAGCCGCGCCCGACUACCGUACCCGGCCGCUGACCCAUUGCCCGCAAUGAAGCACGUGCCCGCUGCCACGCGCCGGCAAAAUUAUUCUUCUUCGUCAUCGGCAGCUGCUGUCCGCCGUAUGUCCGCGUGGCUGGUGGCCUGCGUCGCUUUCUGGGCUCCAUCGACACCCUGCACAAACGCCGCUAGUAUGUACGGAGACGUGAACAUAUCGGCCAUACUCGAUUCAUUCAGCGGUAGUUACGACAAAAGAGUAAGACCGAAUUACGGAG